AGCAGCUUAAAAGUUAGAACACUCUUUUUUAGACUUGUGAGUUUAUUCUUGUUUCGAUUUGUGAGUAUUUUUGAUGUUUUUAUAACUAUCGAAAAAUUAUUAAAACAUUUUUAUUAAAGUGCUGUUUGAGUGGACUUGAUAUAAUUUUUUCAAUGCAACUCUAUUCUAUUAAUUGAGCAUAUCAAAAGAUCGAAACGCUAUUACUGUGACACGGUAAAAUUAUAAUUUAUCAUCAGAAUGGAUGCAAUUCCGAUAACAACGUCGUAUUUACCGACCAUAGCUUAUUCUCUGUUGGCCAUCGUUAUCGCAAUGCUAAUUACAUUACAUUAUUAUAUCGAGACUUCCAGAGCAGUUCGUCUUUCAAGAAAGCUACCACAUCCACCGCGCGUACCAAUACUAGGUCACGCAUUAUUAUUCGCAGGAAUAUCUCCAGAAACUGUGCUACCUUUAGCUCUUAAAUAUUAUGAAACAUAUGGAUCAGUAGGAAGCAUACAUUUCGGGACAAGAGUAAUAAUCUAUCUAGCAGAUCCAAAAGAUGUCGAAAUAAUUUUGGGCAGUUCCGUGCAUCUUGACAAAUCUAUAGAAUAUAGAUAUUUUCAACCAUGGCUUGGAGAUGGUUUGCUCAUCACAAAAGGUGAUAAGUGGCGCAGACAUAGGAAAGUAAUAGCGCCCACAUUUCACAUGAGUAUUUUAAAGACAUUUGUACCUCUAUUUUAUGAAAAUAGCAUGAAUCUCGUAAGACGACUUCGUGAUGAAAUUGGAAAAGAGUUCGACUGUCACGAUUAUCUAUCAGCUGUAACGGUUGACAUUUUAACGGAAACUGCGAUGGGAGUCAGAAGAGAAAACAGGCAAAACACUGGAUACGAUUAUGCCAUGGCAGUGAUGAAAAUGAGCGAUAUCUUACAUCGAAGACAUUAUGAUUUUUCGUUGCGUUCUGACAUAAUUUUUAAAUUUACAAAGUUUGCAAAGAUGCAAGAGAACUUACUCAAUAUUAUUCACACACUAACAGAUGGUGUCAUUAAAGAGAAAUCUAAAGAGUGUGAAAAAAAACAUAUAAAAGAUCAACAACAAAAGGAAGUAGAAAAUAGCAAAUCUGUGGAAAAUUUGAACGCGACUAAAUAUGAAAAUGAUCAAAUAAAUAAUGAUAUUAAAUACACAAAACUGCACUAUGUAAGAGAUGAUCUUGAUAACAUCGAUGAAAUUGACGUAGGUGAAAAGAAACGACUCGCUUUUCUAGACAUGAUGUUCGAUUUGAAAAAAAAUGGGGGACAAAUGACUGACGAGGAGAUUCGAGAGGAAGUUAACACUAUUAUGUUUGAGGGUCAUGAUACCACAGCAGCUGGCUCAAGUUUUGCACUAUGCGCCUUAGGAUGUCAUCAAGAUAUUCAGGCUCGCGUGCAUGAAGAAUUGGAUGCAAUUUUCGGCGACAGCGACAGGCAAUGCACUUUUCAAGAUACUCUGGAAAUGAAAUAUCUCGAAAGAGUUAUUUUAGAAACUCUAAGACUUUUCCCACCUGUGCCCGCGAUUGCUAGACAACUUAAUGAAGAUGUAAAAAUAAUUACAGGUAAUUAUAUUCUUCCAAAAACUGCCACGGUAUUGAUACCACAAUUCGCAGUGCAUCGUUCGGAAAAAUAUUAUCCAAAUCCAACAGUUUUUAAUCCGGACAAUUUCCUACUGGAAAGAAUGCAACAGAGACAUUACUACGCCUUUAUUCCUUUUAGUGCUGGACCAAGGUCCUGUGUCGGACGAAAAUACGCUAUGCUAAAAUUGAAAGUCCUUUUAUCGACGAUACUGAGGAAUUACCGUGUCACUUCCAAUAUAGCAGACAAAGAUUUUAUAUUGCAAGCCGACAUUAUUUUGAAAAGACACGACGGAUUCAAGAUCAAACUCGAGCCGCGCAAGUCGGUAUUUUAUACAUAAAAACAGCGAGAAUUAAAAAUUUUUAUACUCGUGCGAAAGUGAACCAAAUAAAUUUAAACUUGUUAAUCUAUAUACCUUGCUAUAAGAAUUCCAUUUUGUUAUAUGCAUUAUAUGUUUCCGGUGUAGGUAUUUGUAUUUCUUCAAAGAAUAUAGCAAUUUAUAAUUAUUAA